AUGACUACAUUUGCACACAAAACCUUCUCCGCAGCCUCCUACGCCGCAUUCCGUCCCUCCUAUCCCCAAAGUUUCUACACCAAAACCCUAAACUAUCACAUCGGGCCACGCUCUACACUUCUCGAUCUAGGAUGUGGGCACGGAGUCGUAAGUCGAGCGCUUGCUCCCCACUUCGAAAAAGUGUACGGUACAGAUCCCAGCGCGGUAAUGAUAAAUCAAGCGCGCAAAAUCGCUUCAGAAAAUGAUGCAGAGGCGAAUGUAGAAUGGAGACAAGCGUCAGCGGAAAACCUAGAUUUUGUCGAGGAUGGGAGUGUGGAUAUGGUGGUUGCGGGACAGGCGGCGCAUUGGUUUGAUUUUCCGGGGGUGUGGAGGACGGUAGGGAGGAAAUUGAGGGAGGGGGGGACGGUGGCGUUUUGGGGAUAUAAGGAUAAUUUGUUGGUGGACUUUCCCGAGGCGACAAAGGUGUUGGAUCGGUUUUGUUAUGGGGAGGGGGAGAAGUAUAUGGGGAGGUUUUGGGAACAGCCCGGGAGGGAGAGCGAUGAGGUGAUGAGGCCGUUGGGGGAGGUGUUCAAGGAUGUGGAGUGGGGGAGGUAUGAGCCGGGGUUGAAGGGGACGAAGAGUGGAGUGGGGAUUGGAGAGGGAGGGGUGGUGAUGGGGAGGAGAAUGAAGUUGGGGGAGUUGGAGGGGUAUUGGAGGACGUUUAGUGCGUUUCACGGGUGGCAGAGGGAGAAUCAGGAGAGGAAGAAAAGGGAAGGGGGGGAGGAAGGAAAUGGUGAUGUGAUUGAUGAGAUGUUUGAGGAGAUGUUAAAGGUCGAACCGAAGUUGAGAGGGAAGGAGGGUGAAGAUUGGAGAGAUGUGGAGGUGGAGACGGAGUGGGGAACAGUGAUUUUGUUGGCGAGGAAGAAAUAG